AUGUCAAACAUAGCCAAUAUGGCAGACAACUUGGGCGUGCCCUUCCUAAAGACACAGGGGGCCAGCAUUCUGGUAGCGCUCAUCAUUGGAAUGGGGACUUUACAUAUCGUCCGAAGCAUCUAUCGUCGCCAUUUCCAUCCACUGUCCCAAUUCUCAGGCCCACCUGAUGCAUCUUUAUCCACGAACUGGCUCUAUAAAACCAACCAGGCAGGCUUUCCAGAGCAUGAAUUUGAAAGACUGCACGAGAAAUACCAAACCAAGGCCCUUCGCAUUGCCCCUAAUGAACUUCACCUUUCUGACGUUCACCAAUACAAAGUCAUCUACAGCCAAUCCAAGCCCUUCCUCAAGCAUCCCCCGUUCUACAGCUCAUUCAACAUUGACCACUCGCUGUUUGGUGAGACAGAUCCGGCGCUGCAUAAAGAAAGACGCAAAAUGCUGAAUCCUCUUUUUUCUCGAAUGGGUGUAUUCAAGCUUGAAGGGGUUAUUCAUACCAAGGCGGGCAUCAUGAUGAAAAAGAUCGACAGAUUGAGGGAGAAGCACUUGAUAAACGUUUAUGAUGCCUUUCGAUGUCUCACCACAGAGGUUAUCAUGGAGUUUGCUUUUGCGCGCUCCGCCAAUAUGCUCGAAGAGGAAGAGUCGACAUUUGACUCAUGGUUCUUGAGAGCGUUUGAUUCGGUCGCCAGCGACCUGUGGACAGCCCACGAAUGGCCCAUACUGCGGAAGAUUGGGUCAUGUUUGCCAAAGAGUAUUGUUAAGAUCUUGAACAAAAAGGUUGCAUCCUUUGUUGAAGUAAUUAAUUUCGCCGAGAGCUGCAUGAAUCACUACGAGAAACACGGCAAUACCACCCCCCAUCCAGUUGUCUUCGACCACCUUACUUCAGUGUCCUACCCUCAGAAAGUCACUGAGGCCAUGGAUAUCUUGAUUGCUGGAGCGGAUACCACUGCAUCUACCCUGACAGCAGCCCUGCUCCAUAUUCUCCCGGACAAAAAGGUCCAAACCAAAUUGGUCCAGGCGUUACAAUCGGUGCAACCAAACGAGCAGGGAGUUUUGCCACUUAUAGAACUUGAAAAGAUCGAUUAUCUGACGGCUUGCGUGAAAGAGUCCCUGAGGAUCGGAAUGCCCGUCCCUGGCCGGUUACCUCGCAUUGUCCCCGAUGACCUAGCUCAGCCCUUUACUGUUGAUGGAAAGGUCAUACCCCCCGGAACCGUCAUCUCAAUCUCCGCCUACACGAUGCACUACAGCGAAGAGCUCUGGGGCCCUGAUGCCCGAACCUUCAACCCCGAGCGCUGGCUGCAGCCCGACUCCAAAAAUCUGGACCAGUACCUCUGUACCUUCUCCAAGGGUGCUAGGAUGUGCAUUGGUCAGAACGUCGCAUUCGCGGAACUCACGAUUGUGAUGGCAUAUAUAUUCCGGAACUAUCGGCCCAGUCUUCCGCCGGAUUUCCAGCGACCGAAGCAGAAGGACUUUUUCACGAUGGAGUAUGGGAAGCCUGGCUUGCCGGUGAAGUUCGAAGCUGUCGAUUAG